AUGUCGGUUAGCUCUCUGUACAGAGUAGUUGUAAUUUUACAAUAUGAAGACCUACAGCUGUUACAAGGUCAUUGGUAUCUUAUGAGUUUAAACGUGGGCGAGAACGACGUUCGGUUCAGUGUUGGGUUGCUUUGUUCCAUAUGUGUUGAACCCAACUCUUUGGCAUUGAGACACGGCUCCCAUUCUAGCUGUGAAAAUGCCUUCAAGCAUCCAUCCUUCUACUCUGUGCCACCUUCAAAGUCGCACAGUUCCUCGUCACAUCAACAACAUCCAUCAAACCACGCGUCUAAAACACUUCUGGACCGUCUACAACGUAAUUCAAAAGCGAACGCAGCAUCAGAAUCUGCCUCAGGACAACUACAAAGUUUAGAAGACCAUGCGCUUCAUGCUACAAUCGUAAAUUUACCGCAACUUGGAGAUGCACUGCUUCGAUUAACGCACUCCGGAUUUGUGCUAGAGCUGACGCUUCUCGAGUGGGCUGAAGGGUCACCCAUAUGUUGGGAAUUUGCGGAACCUAUUGUGCCAAUGCCAGGAGUUGCUGUACCUACCUCUACUCGUACUAGCCUCCAAGUUGCUCGCAACAAAGCGGCCCUUUCCAGCAGCAACGUCGGGCAAUUGGCAUUUGUGUAUGUUCUACUCAAAGGGGGAACGCUUUAUCGACUGUCUUUCCCGCUCAUUGCACCCUUUUUCCAUGACGAGCAGUGGAUCGCAAAAAAGGGCUGGCUCCGUGAAUUUACGCUUCCCUCUACUGUGAGCCGCCCGCUCUCAGAGGAUAAUGCAACCAUGCUUUUGCAAGGCGAAAGAUCCUUGACUAUCACAGUGAAUGCAGGAGCAAUACUGCGACUGGAUAUAGAGGGGGAUGCUGAUAUUCAAAUGAAGGACAAGCUACAUUAUCCACAGCAUCAAGGCCUCCUUUCAAAAAUGUUUCGCACGACGAAUCCGGAAGAAGACAAUAUCAUAUCUGUCCACUGUGCGCAACUAGCUCAAACAGAUAGCAAUGCUUCAAGAAAGGAUCUAACGUUUACACUUUCCCGAGAUCGGUCCCUCCGAAUAUGGGAUAGUACCAAUGGAAACUUCGUCACGCAUGCCAUCCCACCUCUUCCACAGUCAGCAUCUGCCACAAUGGAGGCCGUUGCAUCAAUCAAGUGCACCAGCUAUACAGCCGCUUCCCUUGGAGAGAAGAACGCUGAUACGCAGCUUCUUUACCCAAAACACAAUUAUCCAGAGCCACCAUCCGCCGGCUUCUUUGUUCUAUACAAGUUCACUGGCCAUUCAUUGGUCAAGCUUGCAGAAAAAGAUGCAAGUUCCCGGACCUCACGAUGUGCUUUGCGGGACUUUGUCGUCAAGCCAAAGGCAGAAUACAGAACG